AUGUCAGAGAUGUGUGAGCCAAAUUCAGAGAAAGUUUGUGAAGGUAAUAGUGCUGAGUCUCCAACUAUACCAGCUGAAAAACAACCAGAAGAAGCUGAACCGAAAACCAGUGAAAGAAUCAAAGCCACAAGACAUCCUAGGUGGACAAGACAAGAGACACUUGUUCUGAUUGAGGCAAAGAAAGUGAUUGAGAAUGGAGAUCAAGUUUGCAGAUACAGAUCAUCGACGUCGGGGCUGGUUCAAACCGACCCGAAAUGGGAUUUGGUUUCGUCGUUGUGUCAGCAACAUGGUGUCAAGAGAGGAGCUGUUCAGUGUAGGAAGAGAUGGGGGAAUCUUCUAACUGAUUUCAGGAAGAUCAAGAAAUGGGAGACGAAUGUAAAGGACGAGACUGAGUCGUUUUGGAUAAUGAGAAAUGAUGUGAGGAAAGAGAAUAAGUUACCUGGUUUCUUUGAUGCUGUUGUGUACAAUGUGCUGGAUGGAGGAGUUUGUACUGCUGCUGCGUUUCCUCUGACGCUGGUAAAGAUGGCGCCGAGAGCGGAGAAUGGUGAUCAAGUUGAAGGUGCUGUGCCGACGGCAUUGGCGUUAGAGCAGGGUACUAAAGAGGAUGAAAAUGAAGAGGAGGAGGAUGAGGCUAUUGUUGAUAGUGAGAAAAUGGGUUGGAGCACAGAGGAGGAAAACACGGAGACAAACACGAGUGGAAAUGUGGUUAUCAGUCCAUUCAAAACACCAAAUCCUAAGAAAACCAACAUUGCAGGGAGUUUCAAAUUGACACCUCCGCCAAUCCUACUGCCUAGUUCAGCAGUGAGACAGCAACAGCCAUUUCCACAAGGGAACUACGAUCCAGGUUAUCAGAGAGAAGCUCUGUUCAAUGAGGGGUUCAAAAGAAAGCGACCAUCACCAGAAAAUUCUGAAGACGCCGCAGAUUUUACUGAAGAUGUCAUCAAAGUGCUAAGAAGGAAUAGCAACAUAUUGAAAGCCCAUCUUGGAGCUCAGAACAUCAAUACCCAAUUGGCUAGAGACCAGCAGAAGCAGCAAACAGACAGCUUAGUUUCAGCCCUCGGCAGGCUUACAGAUGCUAUCACAAAAAUUGCCGACAAGCUAUAA